AUGAUCUCAGUUUCAACACAGUUGUUCCUAGUCCUAUUUUCAUUGCUUUUGCUGCUGCCUGUUGUUGAAGCAGUAGAAGCUGGAGAUGCAAUUGCUCUCUUGCUAGGUGUGAUUCUCAGCAUUACAGGCAUUUGUGCUUGUCUGGGGGUGUAUGCACGAAAAAGAAAUGGACAGAUGUGA